AUGGCAGCAAACGCAAGCGACAAAGCGUUCAUCGAAAUCCUCGUUUCAAUUGCCGCUGUUAUCGACAAGCACAUGCGCAGCCCAACAAUGCUCCUGGAUGAUCUCGAGACUGCUUCUACACCCUCGCCAUAUAUGACCACCAAACAGAAGCUACUGGACGCGGUCGCCAACCUUCUGCCCCGACACCCCAAAGAGCGCAUCGCUCUGGCCAUCCGAACUGACAGACUUCAAAUCUUCAUCACGAGUUCUGAUGAUACUUGUGAUCAGUGCGAACUAAACACCUACCUAUUGGGACUGUGGGUGAUUCUCAAACAUGUUGCCCAGUUCCACUAUGUGUUCCUCUUCCACCUUCGUGACUGGCAACAACAACUCAAGAAUGCGGGCGAUACCGAAAAUAAAAUCGUUGAUGAGAAGAGCGACAAGAGGACUGCACAGUUCGCAAAGGAAGGGCGCGAUCUCUAUGCAAAGCUUGGGGAGCUAGUGUAUACCAGGUGCCGAGGAAGAUUGGUCCACAAGAUAAAGCGUCGAUGGAAUAACUUCCAAAGUUGCCUCUCUUUCCUGAGGACAAAAGUGUCUGAUAUGGGAGUGGCACAUCGAGCGACUGUGCUGCAGAUCAUUGACGACCUCGCCAAGUAUUUAUCGACCAUACUGGACGGCAAGACGAUUCAAGAUGCCACAGGACAUACUCUUAGUCUGUAUACAAUGAUCGCUCACAUUUACCUCUGGCAAAAGAAGGCAGAUUUCAAGGAGCUCGUUAUACCUUUAUCGGUCGAGUAUCGGAACACUUCGGGCUUUGAUUUGCAGGACCUACUCCGAGGGAUAGCACCUCCUGUUGACUCCUCUGAGGCUGUGCGCACACUUGAGGUGCUGGCUCAAGAGGAAAACGAAGCCGGAUCGGCGGCGCUGGCACUUGCUGGGGGUAGAAAUCUUGGUAUUGAAUGCCCUCCCAACUCUGCUUCUGCCUUUCAGCAUUGGGAAUAUUCGAACACUCACUUCGAGGAUGGCUUCAAUGACAAUGUUGGACCCUCUCCUGCCGCUCCAAGCACUGUUCCCUCCCUCGACUCACAGUCCUUCAAAAAGGAUGAUAUCAAGAUCGUUUACCAUCCUAGUACUGGGAAAGCGCCCGACAUCUUCAGCUUCAUCGACUACUGCAGGAUGGAAUCAACAAUGGAGCCCCGAGACCUUGAUCCAUCACUCGACAAACAACCAUGGCGCCCAUUCGCUACUCGCCUCAAUUUUGAGUUCGCCGAAGUUUUCCUUGACAGUCACAUGAAUCAGCGGCAGAUCGACACGCUCAUUUCACUUGUUCACCAAUCUAAAGCUGACGGCAGCGUCUUCACCCUUAUUGGAGUGACUGAUCUCACCAAGAUCUGGGAUAAGUUUGCGAAGCGUACAUUCAAGGUGGAAUACAAGGGCGAAGAGCUCGAAUACGACAUCUGGAGCAGCUCUUCAAGUUCGAUGGAGAACACUUUGAACAUUUCAUUGACGAGCCCUGGACCGCGGAUGCUUGGUGGGAUUAUCAAAAAACAAUCCCCUCAACAGCAAAACCAUUCUGCAUAA